AUGUCAAAUUAUGGUAGAUGGUCUGGGAAUGGUUCAGCCUAUGAAACAGGAUAUGGUGCUGGAUCAGGAAAUGACUAUUCUUCAAGCUACAGUUCUACAGGAAACCAAAGUGGGUAUGGUGGCGGCGGCGGCAGUGGGUCCUAUGGUGGAGAUAGUUCCAUGUAUGGAAGCAUGUCAUCAAGUUAUGAUGGUGGUUCUAACUAUGACAAUCCUUCAAGCUAUGGUACAGGUUCAUCAAGCUACACUACAGGAGACUCCAGCUAUGGUGGCAGUUCAUAUGUAAGUGGUGGUGGAAGUUCAUACAAUAGUGGUGCUACAUCAGGCUAUGGAGGGAGUUCAUCUACCAGAACGAGUGGUAAUUCUGGCUCCAAUUAUGACAGCUUCCUGUCAACCCAGCAGAAUCAAGUUUCUGACAUGUCCAAGAAGCUGCGUAAGAUGGAAAUGAUGCAGGAAAUUGCCAAGCUUGAGCAAGAAGACGACAUGGAAGAGAUGAUGCUGAAAAAUAAAUUAGAAUCCUUACGCCAACAGAAGAGAAUGAAGCAGAUUAACAUGCCCAUGAUGAAUUCUUACAAUAAUAAUGGUGGUUUUGGUGGUAUGAUGUCCUCCCCUAUGGCACCAAUGGGUAGAAAUGCUGGUGGCUAUGGCAAUAGAGGAAACUUUGGAAAUCAAAGGCACAAUCCUAUGGGAAGGAACGCUAAUAGAGGAGACAGAGGACGGCCUGGCAAUCGUGGAGGAGGUGCAAUGCGGGGAAACAGGAAUGGUGCAGGUGGGAAUCGAAAUGACAGACGCAACAGCUCUGGACCUGGUAGAACAGAUAACUAUGGAAGCCCAAAGAAGACUGGUAGAUUUGCUGACAGAAAUGCAGGUAAUAAAACGGUACAAGAUCGCAAGAGGAAACCAGAAGCUACGAAAGGUACUACUAAUGACAGGAAUGCCAAGAGGCCAAGGCAAGAUAGCAGAGCACCAGUUAGCGAAAAAGAACGAGAUGAAAAGUUAAAGAAAUUUAUGACAGCGCUCAAAACUUUUGCAGACAAGAAUGAUGCUGUUUCAACUUUUUAUUCAGCUCUACGCAGCAUCAAUGUACGUGCUGACAUCAAAUAUUUCCAAAAGACUGGAGCCCUGUUCUUUGAUCGGUUGUACCUUGGCCGUGGACGAAAGAACACCUUCAAACAGAUGGCUUUCAAAGAGGCACUUGAAAAACUGAAGAUCUUACCUUUGGACAAGAUUAAAACAGAAGCUGCAGAAGUCAGUGCCAAGUCAGCUGUACUGGUUGAAAGGGAUGGUAUUAACAAGCACAAUAUGCAUGACAAUGAUGAUUCUUACAGGUCUCCUAUAGAAUUUGCAGACCUUCCCUUUGUAGAGAGGCUUGGUCUAUUUAUAGAAGCUAUGAAAAUUUAUGGAUUACUGAACAUCAGAAUAUUCUGUGCUAAAUAUAUGAUCAACUGUAUCCAGAUUUACGAGCACCAUGAGAAUGAAAACCUCCCUCACGAACACCAUAUCUAUUUGAAUGAGGUCUACAUCACGUCUGCUAGGGGAGCAUUCAAGAAGGAGUCUGAUAUGGAAACAAUGAAUAAAAUGAUGGAAAUAUUGGAAGAUAAGUCUUUGGAAGAAAUCAUGAAAAAUGAUAACAGAUUCAGCAAAGACUAUCCAGAAUAUCCUCUAUAUGUGAAAGAUGUUGGAAUUGGUAAUGACAUUAUUGAAACAAAUCAUCUGGACCUGAAAUUUGGACAAAAUAUCCACGACUUUGAGGCACUGAAAUCAAAUGAUGUAGGUGAUGUUAUACUAAUUGAAGAAGCUGCAUGGAGAUCCUCUAUGUUUAAAGUUCUACAAGAGAGUGCUACAUGCUGCCAGAUGGUUUUGAAGUGCACUUGGACCACAGAACAUCCUGGUGGAGCCAUUGAUGAUGAUGAAAGUAAUGAAUCAGAGACGUCUAAAGAAGAAAAGGAAUAUAAAGAAACACUGAAGAAGAUAAGAAAACUUGCUAUAGAGAAGAAAGUCAUGAUGAUUCACUGUAAGAUUGAACUUCAAGAUAAACUGAUAGGUCGUUCAGUAGAUACAGCUAAAGGUCUAGCUUUGAAGAAUGCUGCUGCCAAAGCUUACAACAAAUUACAAGAAACACAAGCUGUCAUACGUCAUGAUUAUGGAGGAAAGAAAUUAGAUAGUAAACAAUACCAAUGGGAAGAACUAGUAGUCAAGGCAACAGAGUUGCGUAAGGAACUUCCUGAUGCACCUAACUUCGACCAUGUUAAAGCCAGUGAAUAUGAAGACUUAGAUAACAGUUUGGAGGAGGAACAUGGUAAUGAUGAUGUAGAAGUCAAAAAAGAAAAUGGAGAUGAGGAAGUUAAGGAAGAAGAAAAUGAAGACAAAAUUGAGAAGGAGAAAUCUGAGGCCAAGAAAAAGGAAGAAGAAGAGUUGGCACCAUGGAUUAAAGAAGUUGUCCGUAGAGAAAUUGAAGAAUUGUCUAACACUGAUAUACUGGUGGAAAGCAUUCUUAUGUUUUAUAAACCACCACUGUAUGUUCGAGAUGUCAUCAACCAUUACACACUAGAAUAUAGCGUUAGCUUGAAAACAGAUUGGAAGGGUAAAAAAAUCAGUCGCUUGACCAUUAGAAAGAAAUUACCUAACCUCUUCACUUUAUUAGAUCAAUUGAAAGCCAUCAAAGAAAAGAAAUCUGACACAUUUGUUUUAGAACAAUCCAAAAACGCAGACGGUUCUAUUGAGAAACACAAUGAGCGCGUUGUCCGAAAAUGGAUGAAACCCAGAAAUACACGUAAUAGGCGAUUCAGACGUCGUUAGGCUAACCAGUAUGCUCUGUUUUUAAGAUUUCCAAAUGUACAUACAUGUAUAUCAUUAAUGGUAGGGUUGGGUGGGGUCAUAUACUGUUGAAAGCACAGUAGCUUGAUAUUUAUAUAUUAAAUUUCAACAAAAAUAUGGAAGGUUAAGUCCAACUAUUCCUUUAAAACUAUGAUUCUGUUCAAAUUUAUAACAUAGGACUGAUCAAUUUGUAUCUUAACUUGGUUUGCCAUUUAUCAGUCUUGUAUCAUGCUACAAUAUAUGCUUGUACCACACCAACCCUUCUUAAAGGCAAUGAUUGCUAUAUUUUUAGUCUCAAGGUAUUUAUCUCAACGUUUUGAUACAAAUACUAAGAAUACUAGGCUAAUGUAUUAUAUAGCAUUUUUCUUGAUUUUCUCUUCACUGAUAUGUUAUUUUAUUGUAUUGUGAAUUCUUCUCAAGAAAGAUUUUUUUAUUUAAACUAUUGGGACUUAGUUUAAGGAAUUUUUCUCACAAGUUGGGAUUAGUAUAUUUUCACUUGGUUACAAGCAAUUUGCUUGGUUUCGCUUCUAUAUAUUCUUUUUACUAAUGAAUUAUAACUCUAUUUUAGCUUUUUACAGUCACAUUUGAAUAUUGCAGAUAAUAUUGUACAUUUGUGUUCAUGGACCUCUUUCUCAAAGACUCAACCAAGAUAAGCACAAAAUGUUAAAAAAUAAAAUCUGCUAGGAUAUGUAAAUUUGAUUUCUAGAGCUUGACAAUUCAGAUGAGUGGAAUACCAAACUUAUCUUGUGUUAUGUUUUCGAGAAAUUGGGAUUGAAAUCAUUUGAUUAAAAGUUUGGAUUUAGACCAGGUUUAAUGUAGUGGUUUCUAUUUUAUCAUUGUCUUCAUUUCCAUCAUCAUCAUUUGUUAUCAUUUUCAUCAUCAUUUGUUUUUUUCAUCAUCAUUUUCAUCAUCAUUGUUUGUCAUUUCUAUUAUUUUAAUAUUUUCCGUGCCCACUAUCAACAACAAUAUAUGCGUAAUCACACUUUCUUGUGAAUGUGAAAAAAUUAUUUACAUUGGAUUUUGAAGAAAUUUGCUAAGCUUAUGCAUAUUGAUCAGAUCUUCAAAUUUGGACCUCAAUUUUUUGAAAUUAGAGUCUGGUAUAUAUUGUAUUUGAUGCAAUAAAAGGGACAGAACUAUGAGUUAGGGUAAAAAUAAAAAUGAAAAUUAUGUGCUAUUUAAUGUUGUUUGAAACGUACUAUUGUGUCAAAUCAUGUGUUAUCAUUAUCACGUGUCAUCAUUGUCAUAUUGUGUUUUCAAUAUUGAUGUGUUGUAUCCCUUUGUGUCUUUUUUAUAAUUAUUUCUGCUAGAAAUCUCCACAGUUUAAUAAUAAUGUACUUAAUACCACUCUUCGAUUUUGCUUUGACCUUGCAGUAAAAAUUUCUAUGUACUAAUUGAAAAAGAUAUAAAAAUAUAAAAUUUCCAU